AUGAGUGUGACACUCCACACAAGUCUAGGCGACCUGAAGAUCGAGGUUUUCGCUGAGGCGGUCCCUCGGGCUGCAGAGAACUUCUUGGCCCUUUGCGCCUCCGGUUAUUAUGAUAAUUGUAUAUGGCAUCGCAACAUUAAGGGUUUUAUGAUACAAACCGGGGACCCAACCGGAACAGGGAAGGGUGGGCAAUCGAUUUGGGGAAGACCGUUCGCGGAUGAAAUCCGGUCAACUUUGAAGUUCAAUCAACGCGGUAUUGUGGCUAUGGCGAGUAGUGGCCGAGACACAAACAAGGCACAGUUUUUCAUCUUAUACGCAAAGCAGCCUCACUUGGACGGACAUUACACCAUCAUUGGUCGCGUCAUCGAUGGUGCUAUCAACGGCACCCUCGAUCUGAUGGAAAAAGUCGCGGUCAAUGAGAAACACCGACCAGUUCAAGAAAUCAAAAUGACCGGAGUGACUAUCCACGCAAAUCCGAUCGCUGAUAAAGAAGCCGAACGGUGA